UACAGAUUGGUGGUUUUAUUACUGUUCUUGACCUCCUGCUCCUCCUGGCCACUCUACUUUCCUUUGGAUUACAGAUUGGUGGUUUUAUUACUGUUCUUGACCUCUUUGUCGAUGCUAUGCCGCACUUGCGUACCUUGGUUUCUUAGACUGAUGAUAGGCCUAUCAUCACAAACUAAUGAACUGUACCAACUUGCAUCUGUCGCUUUCUGCUUGCUUGUUGCUGGGUGUAGUGAUAAGCUGGGUUUAAGUCUUGUACUGGGUUCUUUUGCUGCUGGAGUAAUGAUAUCAACUACUGAUCUGGCUCCGCAUACUCUUGAACAGGUUGAACCAAUCCAGAACUUCUUUGCUGCUCUUUUCCUAUCCAGCAUUGGAAUGCUUAUCCAUGUCCAUUUUCUCUGGAAUCAUAUCGAUAUUUUUCUGGCAGCUGUUAUAUUGGUCGUCAUCAUAAAAACUAUUGUGGUUGCUGCAGUUGUCAAGGGUUUCGGUUACACCAACAAAGCUGCACUUCUUGUUGGAAUGUCUCUGGCUCAAAUAGGGGAGUUUGCGUUUGUUCUUCUCAGUCGCGCUUCAAAUGUUCAUCUAAUUGAGGGUGAAGUGUAUAUGCUACUUCUGGGAACAACCACACUUAGCCUGGUUACAACACCGUUGCUAUUCAAGCUAAUUCCUGCUGUUGUGCACCUUGGAGUUCUACUGCGAUGGUUUUCCCCUGAUAUACCAAAUGAGAUUGGAUCUAAAGGAGAUAUCAUGCGUCAAGACAGUUCUAAGCGUAUUACUGUGCUGAUCCAAGGCCCUCAUGAUUCAUGAUAAUAAAUAGAAACAUGAACCAGUAAAGCGAUUCUCACACUUUACCUGAUGGCGUUCUUAUGCUGGGCGACAGGUGCCCAAGAGCGCAAAGGCUGUCGAUUGAUUGGACUGGACGAUUGCUCAUCAUGAAGGUCCUUUUAUGCGCCAACAUCUGAUGGUUUUCUUUGAUAUGUUGGAAGCUUGUCAGCCAUAUGCAGAGCGGUGUAUAGAUCUGUCUGCUAACAUUUUUUCUGGCAUUUGUUUCAGGUGUGGUGUUAUUCAGUGGACUACUCUGUACAACCUCGUUCAUUUGUAUUUUAUUUGUUUAUAUUCUUUAGUCUCUAGUUUGAGUUUGUGGAAUUGGUUUCUAAAUCAGGCCUCUUAAAGUUUCAAGUAGACAAGUGUAAAUAGCUGAUAGGACAUACUAUUAUAGU